GAAAGUCUCUGUCAGGUCUGGAGAUUCCACUGAAUCGAGAAUUUAUUGAAAAGGUUACCGAGGAAUACAACGAGUCGUUGGUGUUCGGGCCGGACGACAGACGCUUGUUCUACAGCAUCAGGGAACCGAUCGUCAACAGAGUUUUCUCCAACAGUCGACAGAGAGGCUUCGCACACAAGGUGUGUGUCCGCUCUCGCUGUUGGGACGCCUGCAUGGUCGUCGAUGGUGGGACGUCAUUCGAGUUCAACGACGGCGCCAUCGCUACAAUCAGCAUGAGCGAGGACGACCACCUCCGGACGGUGGUUCUAGAAAACUGAGCCGCGUUCAGAGCACGUGGCGCCUGACGAUCAGGUCAAAGGUCAAAGGGAAGAACCAGUUUUUAGCUUUUAGCUCCACAAGUGUUUUUUAUACCUGACGAAAAGGUAUCAACGUUUCUGGUGUGUGAUUCGUGCUUUUUCUCCAAAUCAGAUAAAUAAUCGAAAUCUGUUUUUUUUUUUUUAUAAAUCAUCCCACUUUGUCCAAUUAUCAUCUAAUCAACGAUUAUUAAUCCUGUAGAGACGAGCAGCGUUUUCACAAGUUACUAAACUAUGAUCUGUUUAAAUCAAAGAGACUCAGACGAGACGAAGCUUCAGUUUCUGUCCCUCGAUUGAAAUAACAUGUUUAUUCUCGGACUGAAAUCAACAGGAGAUGGAGACGUGUUUGUACAACCACAGAUUAUCGACAAUCCAGAGUCUGAACACGCAGAUAUUUAACAAUAAGUCGCAAACACUGAAGAGUUUUUGAUUAAUGUGGAUUUUUUGUGCCGAAAUUGAAAAUUAAGUUAG